CCCUCCCUCCCUCCCUCCCUCUUUCUUUCGUUCUGUUUUCUUCCUCCUCCUCUUUCUCUCCGCGCGUGUGAGCAGUCUGUGAAACUGUGUGUUAAGUGUGCUACCUAGGCGAUAAAGGGAAAACUGUUUUCUAGUUAUUAAGAUGUUUCUGCUCCUAGCGUGAUAUCAGGAUAGACACUAAGGAUAUAACGUCCAGGGGCUGGAGCAGCUAACACGAUAUUUAGCUAACUACCUGACAUUGAGUACUUGGAUCCACUGACCAGUAUGGACAUCAACUCUGGAUAAAGAAGUCAUCACUACCUUCAAGCGUGAAUUGGAUAUUGGAUUUACAAACAGUUUGAACGCAAUUCGAACGCAUUAUUCUCCCUUGGAUUUCAUUCUUAAUUAAUUAACACAUUAGACAUUUCUCUGUGGGAAAGACCGCUUAUUAAGAUUCUCUAGAAGCUAAGAGAGGUCAAUAUUUAUUCCUUUCAAGAAGCAGAAAGAGGUUAUAUUUGAGGUCAUUUGGCAGGUCAUAUCGGAUUGGCACUGUGUCAAUCAACAACUAGUCAGACAUGGUUGAAUAAAGGAGCGUCAACCCUUCCAACGACAUCCCAACACAGCCCUCAUCAGCAUUUGUUCCGUUUCUGGGGCGUACAUCUAGCAAGGUCCUGAAACCUUCCAUUCAUCCAACUCUAGGAAUGCAGCCUCGUUAUGAUUUACACUUCCGGAUUGUCAUCGUCAUGGUAGCGGUGAAAUUGGCCACGUCGCUGCCAGAGAGACUCUUAAUAGGAGCGUUGGUUGAGAAAGAGUAUGAAGGACAUUGGCGUGCCAUUGAGAAGGCGGUAGAAAAUUUAAACCUCAAUUUGUUUCAGAACAUGGUGGUGAUAGUGGACAGAGACACAAUACAACCGCAGGAUAGUUUUCAGGCACAGAAGAAAGUAUGUCGCAUGUCUCAGACUGGUAUCGCGGCCAUGUUCGGCCCAGUGUCGUCUCUUGCCGCGGGGCACGUCCAGUCCAUCUGUAACGCCUUUGAAAUCCCCCACCUCCAGUGGCGCUGGGACGCACGAGACAACAGAGACUACUUCUCCAUCAACUUAUACCCCCAUUAUCUGACCUUGAGCAAGGCGUACAAGGACGCCAUUCAGCACUGGGGCUGGGAUCAAUUCACCAUUCUUUAUGAGAACAACGAUGGUUUGACCAGGCUCCAAGAAGUACUGAAAACCUCCGAUGAAAUCAAGACGCCUCAAAUCACUGUCAGAAAGCUGGAGGCCAUCAGCAACAGUGAUUACGUCAGCGUUCUCAAGGACCUCAAAAGGAGAGGAGAGUUUCGAUUCAUUAUUGACUGUGAUCUGAGAUCGAUAACAAAGAUUCUCCAUGCGGCUUUAAAGAUCAAGAUGAUAUCUGAGCUCUUUCAUUAUUUCUUCAUUACACUGGAUCUGGGUUUACUGGACCUUGAAGACUACAGAUAUGGCAGCGCUAACAUCACAGCGUACCGUCUGAUAGACCCUGCCAGAGAUAAAGUGGUCAACGUCAAGACAGACUGGCUGAGACACGCCAAAAAGGGACACGAAUCACCACUUAUGGGGUACGCGGAAAUUGAGGGAAACUCCUCGCAUACGUUAUUGACAGAGACGGCCCUGGCCUAUGAUGCUUAUGAGCUGUUCGCGUACGCCCUGAUGGCCUAUUCCAAGGUCCAGGAGGUGGCCACCAUGAACCAACCAUGUGACAAAAUGUACACUUGGAGGCACGGCAACAGUUUACUGAACUACAUGAAGUCAAGUGCAAUUGAAGGUCUAUCCGGAUUGAUCAAGUAUGAUGGUGGAGAGAGAAUGGAUUUUGUCCUUGACCUACUAUCCUUGACACCCAAAGGGCUAGAAGUGGUUGGGAAAUGGGACAGAAAACAUCGUCUGAAUAUUACCCGUGAAAAUGUGACCCCUACAGAUACAAAAAUAACUAACAAAAAGUUAAUUGUCACCACAUACAUUACCAAGCCUUACGUCAUGAAGGACAACGUCACUGGUCAGUAUUAUGGAUUUUGUAUCGACUUGUUGAAUGAGAUAGCCAAGACCAGGAACUUCACCUACGAGAUACAGAUCGAGAGCAAGGUCGGAAAGAGGAUUGGCAAUAACAACAAUUGGGAUGGUGUAAUGGGAGCCCUCGUCAACAGGAAAGCAGAUAUAGGUAUUGGUGACUUGACAAUCAACUUGGUGAGAGAGCAGGCUGUUGACUUCACCAAACCUUUUCUAACUCUUGGCAUUACGAUCCUCUUUAAGAAACCAGCACCAAAAGCAUUGAAUUUAUUUUCUUUCUUAUCUCCCUUGUCCUUUGAUGUGUGGGUGUACAUGAUUGCUGCAUACCUUUGUGUGAGCUUCAUGCUGUUUGUCAUUGCAAGGUUCAGUCCAUACGAGUGGUGCAACCCUCACCCUUGCAACCCCGACACUGAUGAGGUUGAGAACCAGUUCUCUGUUAUGAACAGUCUCUGGUUCACCAUAGGGUCACUUAUGCAGCAAGGUUGUGAAAUUGCUCCUCGAGCACUGUCCACACGAUUGGUCGCUGGCAUGUGGUGGUUCUUCACCCUGAUCAUGAUCUCAUCCUAUACAGCCAACCUGGCAGCCUUCCUUACAGUGGAGAGAAUGGUCUCUGAUAUUAACAGUGCAGAUGAUCUGGCCAAGCAAAGUAAAAUUAAAUAUGGCCUCUAUGGAGGUGGUGCCACUCAAGAAUUUUUUGAGAAAAACCAGCUGCCUUUGUAUAUAGGUAUGUGGGAGUAUAUGAAUAGAACAAAAGAACAUAAUUUUGUCAAGAGUUUGGAUGAAGCCAUUCAGAAAGUGAAGAAAGGUGAUUAUGCCUAUAUAACAGAGUCCACAACAGCUGAGUUUGUAAUACACAGACAUUGUGAUCUCAUGAAAGUUGGAGGCUUACUUGAUUCUAAAGGAUAUGGCUUUGCCACUCCUACUGGGUCACCUUGGAGGGAAGAUCUAACGGAAGAAAUUUUGAGGCUGAAAGAGAAUCAGUUCAUUGACCAGCUGUACACAAGAUGGUGGACCAAAGAGAUGGAAGCAGCAAACUGUGAUACAGAGAAAUCUGCAAGUGCUAGCAGUGCCAAUGAGCUUGGUGUAGAGAAUGUGGGCGGAGUGUUUGUAGUGCUGAUGGGUGGAGUGGUUGUUGGCUUCUUUGUGUCUCUAUGUGAAUUUAUUUGGAAGGCAAGAAAAAAUGCUAAGAAAGACAAGCAGACCUUGUGUUCUGAGAUGUCUGAGGAGUUUCGUUUUGCUGUCCAUUGUUUUGGAUCCAAAAAGACCAAAAAGAAACAAGACGAUGAGAUCACAGACAAUGGCCUACAGUUCAUGCCUCUUACAGGUUCUCGUCAACAUGUACACAGCAAGGAAGUGUAUGCAUAAUCAUUUUUGUGUUCUUCAUCUAAUUUUUACAGUUGUUUCAACUUAAUAUUUAUUUUUUUUUGCAUUUAAAAAAAUUGAAAGCUGUGGUGAAAAUUAAUUUUUAUAACAAAAGCUUUCAACAACGAACAGCUAGCUAAAUAAAAAAAAAAUUCCUGUCUAUGAAAGAAAAAGAAAAAUACAAAAUAUUCAGUUAAGUGAAUACAUUUCAUUUAAGUGAAAUGUUUUAAUAUAUGCUGAAAAAAAUAAUCACUAUGCCUUAGCAACUAUAUAAUUUAUGGAUGAGACAAAUUUAUUUCAUUUGUAAUUAUUAAUCAUUUGUCAACAAUAUUUUGUGUCUAUUAUUUGAAAUUGUGUUUAAUCAAAAUUAAGGGCCAUGCUAGUUGUGUAGGUUAGACCUUUAAUUUAAUAACAUAAAUAUAAUUAGAAAUCACUUGUUUUUUGGAAUUGAAGAUCAUAACUCAAAUUAAUUAAUGUUAAACAUAUAUAUAUAUAUAUAUACUUUUCAAAUUAUUAUCUAACAUAUCACAAGUUUUAAAACAGUAACAACAGAUAUAUAUAUACAUAUAUAUGUAUAUGUAUGUAUAUGUAUAUAUAUAUAUAUAUAUUAUGGUUUCUUAAAAACUUGCAUAUUUUAGUAAUUUUCUAAAUGUGUAUAGAAAGACAGAACACUAUUUAGAAUUACAAACAAGUCAAAACAGGCUUAAAACAAUGAAUCAAUCAGGCAGCUGAAUGUAAAAAAAACACUAUUUUGUCUCUUUCAAUCAUCCAAUGUAGAGUACUAUCGAUCAGAUUGCUAGAAUAAAUUAUAAAAGAACCAAAACUUUAAUUCUUGAUGAUUUAACAUCUCAGAUUUUCUUUGCUUAAGAAAGACAUCCGAUUCAGUAAGUGCUACUGUUAUUGUUGUUUAAAAUCUAUAUGCAUAACAAACCAGUUUGUGGUUUCCAGCUAAAAAUGUCUUUGAACAUGUUUGCUUUUAAUUGAAUACUGAUCAAAUUCAACGCCUAUUUAUUUCAACAAUUUUUGGAUUUCCUAUGUAAAUAAUUUUUAUAAUGAAAUUUUUUAUUUUGUUUUGUUUCAUUCAUUGUUUAAGGCUUUUUCUUUUAUAUGUAGCCACUUUUAAACUUUCAUCCCAUUAACAAUCAGCAUAAAUAAAAAUAAAUCUUGCUUUAGAGCUAAGUUUAAAAAAAGACAAUAGUUACUAAUUAAGUACUAAUUGCUUCAAUAGAAUCUGCCCAAAAGUUUGUGUUUAUUCAUAAACAAUUUUGUUACCAUUAUUUUUUUUUCAUUUUCCUUUCUUUUUAUUUUUGAUGACAAAAAAAAAUAUUCUUUGAUUUAUUUUCAUUCAAAUUUUUUUUUAUACAAAAUAAACUGAAAUUGAAUUUUUUGUCUAUUAAUGUCAAAAGAAAACAAAAUAACAUAAGUACAGAAAUUGUUGCAAGGAAUGAUUCUUUUUGUAGAUGUUGUAGAUUCCUGUCUAGCUCACAAAAUCUCAAUAACCAUAUCAGUAUAUUUAAUGAGAUUUUUAUGAGUAUAAUAAAUUUGUAAAGCUCAGCAGAAGUUAACAAAUAGACAAGACAAAGUUAUUAUCAGGAUAUUACAGUAGAGGGCAUUUUACAUUUUCUUUGCUAGCAUGUGAAAACAUAAACUUUCACAUCCCAUCAUUCUUAAAACAUAAGGGAGGAAAGUACUAUGAAAUUAUCUUGAGAUUUCAGUCACAUUAAAGAGCCCAUACACAUGAUAAUAAUAACGUUUGUCUUCGAUUCCAAAGAUUAAGGAAUGCAGUAGUUCCCUUGGCUAUGCAGCCCCAUACACAUAAAGCUUACAGUUAAGAUAAAAUUUUAAUCAAAUAAAUAUAUUUUCUGAAUCUGUCAACAUACAUUAUAAUACAAAUUGUGAUUUUAUUUCUUUGUAGAAGUAUAUGUCGUUAUUAUAAAGAAUUACACCUCAAUAAUCUACAAUGUGGAGUGUAGAUCAAACAUCUUUCUUUUAUUUAUUAUUUCGUUUAAGUGUUUUUAUAUCAAAAGUCUUACAUUUUGCGGAAAGCUUAAUAGAUUUAAUUUUUAGAAAGAAAAUUUAAGAUACAAUUAUAAUUAAAUUAUUCACUUAAAUAUAUUUCAUCUGAUUACAGUAUCAUUUGAACCAUGUGCCUUAAAGUACAAAAACUAAAUAUAUUUAAAAUAAUUUCUUCUACGAUUGCAUGAACAUUUAUUAUGUGAACUUUUAUUCAGUCAAAUGUGAACACUGUCUCAGAAAUUGCACUUCAAAAAAUUUUCAUUAAAAUGUCUCAUAUUUUUUUAUUUUAUUCUUUUCACGACAUUAUUGUUCAUGGUUUUAAAAUCAUGGUUGGAUAAUCUAAUAAUAACACUGAGGUCUUGUUUACAUUAACAAAGGAUUAACAAAGGAUUAAGCUCAUUAGAGCCUCGAAACGUUAAACAUGAGAACCACUGUAUGAUUCUACACACAGUUUAUAGAAACUUGUUUUCCUUAUUUGUAUUUGAACAUGGCUUUAUUGAAUGUCUGUCUCAUGUAUGCUACUUUUUUAUUUAUUUCUUACAUAAAUGCAAGUCUUGACAUGAUUAUUUUCUCUCGUACAUGUGAGGCAUUACAUGAUUAUUUUAUUCCUUUCACAUACAGUGUGAAUCAUCACAUGGUUAUUUUAUUCCUUUCACAUACAGUGUGAAUCAUUACAUGAUUAUUUUAUUCCUUUCACAUACAGUGUGAAUCAUUACAUGGUUAUUUCAUUUCUUACAUACCUGUGAGUCAUUAUGAAAUCAUUAUAUCUCCAACAUACUAUUCAAUCAUUACAUGAUACUUUUUUUUUCUCUCACACAUAUAUGAAUCAUUUCAUAGUUAUAUUUCUAACAAUGUGUGAGUCAUAGAUAUUGUAUUUUUAAAUGCGUUGGAGUCAUGACAUGGUUAUUUUACAUCUGUAGCUAGAUUUACUCUAACGUCGACCUUCUCUUAUAUCUUAUGUUUGUAUUUGUUUGUAUUCCCUUUGCCAUUUAAUAUCCUACUGUAAAUAAUUUAAUGAUUCCUGAUAUAGUUAUAUUAAUAUUCAAGAUGGCCAUCAUUGCCUCAUUGUGAAUUGAGUGUGUGACCUACUGUGAAUAUGAAAGAUAAUUGAAUACACAUUUCAGAUGGAAAUCUUGAUAGUAAAGUUUUACAAAUAAUUUUACUUCCUUUGGUCAGACUGUAUUUAUUUUGACUGGGGAAGAAAUGGACUUGAUUUGUGGGGACAUAGUUUUUUGUUAGAAAGUUUGUGGGACAAAAUUUGUGGUGACAGUUUCUGGUCUAGAUUAGUAUUAUAGAUCUAGUAUUUGUCUUUAUUUUCAGAGAAUUUUUUUAAAGAUUUUUUUCUGUCCUAUGUGUAUGUCACAGUAUGUGUGUGUAAAAAAAAAAGUCUGCGUAAAGUAGACAUUUAUGAUCCUUUUAUUUAUAAUUAUUUAGAUCUAGACUCUCUAGAUCUACUCUAGAUUUUGUGCUACGAUUCUGAAAUUUAAAUCUAGAUCUAGAAAUCUAGAUCUAGUUAUGUUUUGAUGAUUAAAAAUGAUCUGGUACAAAUGUUACAAACAUCAAUGGAGUACAGCGACUCAUGUUUACAUUGCAGUUUAUUUACAAUUGAAUAAUGUGAAAUAUUUUUACUGUCUUUGUCAACAUUGAUUGGCAAAUAAAAGAAUUCGAAUUUUUAA